AACUGCAACAACAUGGCGACUUAUGAGACCCAGUGCAGUGUCUCAUAUGUUUGCUCUUGUGGUUCGAAAUUCCCCAUCUGCAAGCUCUAUUUUUGUCGACAUUGUCUGAAACUACGAUGUGGAGAUUGUGUUUGUCACGAAGUUGAUUCCCAUUACUGUCCUAACUGCCUAGAAAGUUUACCAUCAGCUGAAGCCAAGUUGAAGAAAAAUAGAUGUGGCAAUUGUUUUGACUGCCCCAGCUGCCAGCACACUCUGUCGACCCGUGCCACCACAGUACCAGUACCAAACCCAGAUGACCCAAGCAAGACAGUGCCAAAGAAGGUCUACUACCUGGCGUGUGGGUUCUGCAGAUGGACAUCACGAGAUGUUGGACUUGCAGAUCAGACUGUUGCAAGCGGAGGAUGGAUUGACCAGGAAAAUCCUCACAACAAGCGGCUGUCCUCAAUCCUGGAGUACUAUCGCCAGUUAGCUCAGAAAGAGAAGGCGGAAAAAGAAAGGCGAAAAUAUACCCGCAGGCGUAGUUACAUGCAUUUUUCUGAUCAGAUAGCCCCAAUGAAUCUGACCCAGGCCAAAGCAACUCUUGAUGAAAAGUACGGUCUGACAUCGGUUGCUGCCCGAAAGAGAGCUAGUAUCACUGCUGGCAUUGCAUCAAUAAGUCUGAAGGAAGGUGAAGAAGUCAAGGUAUCGGAGGUGACGCCAUCAGUCGCAUCUGAGGAGGUGGAAGAGUUGGAUGAAAGAUUCCUGACGGAGCCGCUCUUACUAGCUGGAGCCUUGAAAUCAAAGUUUGGUCGUAACCCUAACAGUGUAACUGUGUGUACAUUCACAACUAUGAAACAGCGACUGUCGUCCACAGAAUUUCAACCUGAAGAUGUGAAGGAUCUGUAUCCGAUUCAUAAACAUCUCCUGAUCAAGAGGUCACAGAGAUGUAGGGAGUGUGAGCACAAUCUCAGCAAACCUGAGUUCAGUCCUGCAUCCAUUCGGUUCAAGAUUCAGCUAGUAGCACUGUACUUUGUUCCUGAAGUCAAGAUCUUGGCUCUACCGAAACUCCAGUACUUAAAGGAAAGUCGUGUGAUUCUGAGUAUGUUCAACCCUGCUGACUAUAUAAGCCAAGUGUUUGUCAGGCCAAGAGAAAAUGCGAAUGAUUACUUAGACACUGCCAUCAUGAAAGUACCAUUGAUUGAGCUGCAGCUGGCAGCCAGGGAUGACACAGCAGAAUUUGAUGACGGGUUGACCAGCCAGCAACAAUUCAAAGACAACCCCGAACCAGAGAUGAAGGAUCCUGAUGGUGUUAUUGUGUUCCGAAAGGCAAACAAGAUUGGAUUCUACACAACAGUCACUCCACAGAAGCCAACAGGAGAUGUCAAGGGUUCGUUCAUCAUUCGCUACACACACCACAACAUGACAAACGCCCUCCAUACCAAGGAAGGAGAGGCACCAGAACCCGAGGUCGUCUGGAUGGAACACCCAGUACUACUUAACUUCGGUCCGAUCACACAUGCCUAAUGCCUCAAAGUGGAACCUUUGGACAAGGACAGUUAUUACUCAUUCAUAUGCGGUAUUGGUGGGCCCUAUAAAUGUGCUGACUAGUUGGGUCAUGCAAUCAUACUGCCUGCUGCAAGUAGAACUUUGAAAAAAUGUGUUAUUGACAUUUCGGUAUUGGAAAAAAACUAUUCUGUUCGCUAAGGAGUGCUAGUGUGCUCAUUUUCAGACCUCUGAACAACCAUGUUCAUUUGGUGGUUGGAAACUAUGAUCAUGACAUUUGAAAAUGCAUGCAAAUGCAAAUGCAUUAACUUACUGUAUAAGUUUUGGUGGAAUUUAGAAGAUUAAGAAGUGUGUAAUGUUUUGGGGCUUUACAUGUUGGAUAAUCCUGUGCACUCAGCUUCCCAACUUAAGGCAGAGUACUGAUGCUUGAAAACCAGCCCAUGGAUGAGACUUCCAUGUUAAUCCAGAUUAGGCCUCUUUGCUCUUCACUGGCUGUCCUCAUGAUUUUACUCACUAAGGUAUGGAACUCCAAAACUGCUUGACUUGCUGAUAAGGAUAAUAUUAUUGGUAUAAACUUUAUGCCUAAUGUGCUUUGAAUGUUUUAGCAGACUGAAUUCCUUUAUUUUAGGUUGACAAUUCACAAAUAAAAUGAUGCCACGCAUCAAUAUGUCGACAAUAUAUCAGGCAGAUAACUUGAUGUAUUGAUGUGUGACAUCAUGAUUUGUCACCUACGGGGGUCUGUUUUGACUUUAAGUCACUUUACCUGCUUCUACCUAAUGGGUUGGAACUAGUACUUGCUAUUACCUCCAGGUACAACACAUUACGAAUUGGCAUACCAACUACAGCUAUGCAGCUGAUGAUGUGUUACAUUGGAUGUAAGCAAGUUUCUUUAACUGUAUCUAUGUAUUAUUUAUGAUGUAUAUGAAUGUAUAUACAAGAAAUGCUUAAUAAAAUCUAAAUAGAUGA